CCUCAACCCACGCCCUUCGCCUCCGCCUGCUUCGCAUCGACGCCGUACGCCUUCCCGCCGCCGCCACAGCCCGUUUCGAACCCGAACCCGCCUCAGCCUUCGCGCGCCACGGCGCUGUCCUAUGGCCUGCUAGGCCAAAGGCUCGACCUCGGCUUCCAUAUCCCUUCCAGCGGAGGACCUGCGCACAGCUCCGUUGCAGGCACGACGGCAGGAGCUGCACCGGGUCUUGCGGCCACAGGAAUUGGCUCUGCGCCCGGUGUUCCUUCUCGAGGUCUCGCCUACAGCUCACCGCAGCCGCUGGGGCAUUCUCGCCCGCCCCACCAACAGCAGCAGCAGCAGCGACAGCACAUUUCGCCUGUAUUGAUCAAGAUGGAGGACUCGGAUCCGCAUGGCAUUGCGGCGCAACAGGCUGCCGCCAAAGACUACCAGCCAAAUCUUGAGGGCCCCCUGGUUGGCGAGAAGACUACGACUUCGAUUAUCACUCAAGAGUAUGAGAAGGCUGAUGCAAGCUUCGUCGAGAAGACCUAUGUAUGUGCCCCCCUACACCACACCGAGGACCCUUGGGCGGGUGCGAGACAGCAGCGCUGA